AUGUCGCAGAGCCGGCCGUCGGCGUUCUCGACGCUUCGCAUAGGAGAAGUCAUUCGAGAGAAGGUGCAGGAUGGAGUAACUGGCGAAACUAGGGAUCUGGCGUAUACGCAGUGUAAGAUCGUGGGGAAAGGAUAUUGUGGCGUGGUGUUUCAGACCAAGUUAUCGCCAAGUGGUGAAGAUGCUGCCAUCAAACGAGCACUACAAGACAAACGAUUCAAGAAUCGAGAGCUACAAAUCAUGCGUAUUGUCCGUCAUCCAAACAUCGUCGAGUUGAAGGCCUUCUACUACAGCAAUGGGGAACAGGAGAAUGAAGUCUACCUGAAUCUUGUCCUCAAAUUUGUCCCUGAGACCGUAUACCGAGCAUCGCAAUGGUUCAAUAAGAUGAAGACGGUCAUGCCGAUCCUCGAGGUCAAACUUUAUAUCUACCAGCUCUUCCGCGCUCUCGCAUACCUCCACUCCCAAGGAAUCUGCCACAGGGACAUCGACCCUCAAAAUCUGCUUCUCGACCCGGCCACCGGCAUCUUAAAACUCUGCGAUUUUGGCAGCGCGAAGAUCCUAGAAAAUAAUGAACCGCACGAUUCUUACCUCCGCUUAAAGUACUGCCGAGCGCCGGAGUUGAUAUUUGGAGCGACCAACUACACAACCAAGAUUGAUGUCUGGUCCGCCGGCUGCGUCAUGGCGGAAUUGAUUCUUGGCCAUCCGCUCUUCCCAUGUGAUUCCUCAAUCGACCAGCUCGUGGAGAUGAUUAAAAUGCUCGGAGCGCCCACCCGGGACCAAAUCCGCGCGAUAAACCCCAAAUACAUAGGACACAAGUUCCCACAAACCAAACCGCAUCCAUUCUGCAAAGUCUUCCGCGAAGCCGAUGCCGACGCCAUCGAUCUGAUCUCCAAGUUGAUCGAAUACACCCCCACGCAAAGAUUGUUGGCUAUCGACGCUAUGGUGCAUCCGUUCUUCGACCAGCUGCGGGAUCCCAGCACCAAGCUCCCUGAUUCCCGUCGCAUCAACGGUGCCGCUCGGGAACUGCCCGUGCUGUUCGAUUUCUCCCAUCACGAACUCUCCAUCGCCCCUCCACUCAACCAAAAACUCGUCCCGAAGCACGUCCGCCCGACCUUGCGCGCUAAGGGCCUUGACGUCGAUUCACCUUAUUUCCGACCCCUCACCAAAGAGGACAUGGCGGCUCAGUUGGAUUAA